CAACUCUAUUACAAAGAGACAGAGGGAGAAACCAGGUGUCCAUAUGCGCAGGGCCUGUAUCACUGCUCUGUAAUGGCGCUUCUCCGCGUGGCUCUCACUGGAUGCCACCUACCCUCCACAUACUGCCGCCUCCGUCUCCUUCUUCCUCGCCAGAUGGGUACCACGACGCGUCAAUCCUCCGACACAAUCAGUCGCCUGAGGGAGUCAGGGCUGCUGAAGACGCAAGGUCUCAUAGGAGGGAAAUGGGUCGACUCUUACGAUGGAAAGACCAUUAAGGUGGAAAACCCUGCUACUGGUGAACUUCUUGCAAAUGUCCCUUUCAUGGGCAAGAAGGAGACUGAAGAUGCAAUCUCAUCAGCUUACAGUACUUUCAAUUCUUGGAGCAAACUCAGCGCAAGUGAAAGGGGCAAGCGUCUUAGAAAAUGGUAUGAACUCUUACUUGCCCACAAGGAUGAUCUGGCACUGCUUAUAACGUUGGAGCAAGGAAAACCUCUAAAGGAGGCACUUGGUGAGGUCGCUUAUGGAGCUAGUUUCAUUGAGUUCUUUGCUGAGGAGGCAAAGCGAGUGUACUGUGACAUCAUCCCAACUACACAGAAUGACCGUAGGUUACUUGUAAUAAAGCAGCCUGUUGGAGUGGUUGGUGCAAUUACUCCUUGGAACUUUCCCCUGGGCAUGAUUGCGCGGAAGGCUGGACCUGCCUUGGCUUGUGGUUGCACAUUAGUGGUUAAACCAUCAGAGUAUACUCCAUUGACAGCAUUGGCUGCAGCUGAACUUGCACUUCAAGCAGGAAUACCACCGGGUGCAUUAAAUGUGGUACUGGGAAAUGCUUCUGAAAUUGGCGAUGCUCUAUUAGAAAGCACGCAGGUGAGGAAGAUCACAUUCACUGGUUCAACAGCUGUUGGGAAGAAGCUAAUGGCCGGCUCAGCGAAUACUGUUAAAAAAGUAUCCUUGGAGCUUGGCGGAAAUGCCCCUUGCAUUGUUUUUGAUGAUGCAGAUAUAGAUGUGGCAGUAAAAGGAACUCUUGCAGCCAAGUUCCGCAACAGCGGACAAACAUGUGUCUGUGCAAAUAGGAUAUUGGUUCAAGAAGGCAUCUAUGAUAAAUUUGCAAAGGCUUUCUCAGAAUCUGUUCAGAAGUUGCAGGUCGGCAAUGGUCUUGAAGAAGGUGUCGUUCAGGGACCAUUAAUCAAUGAAACUGCGGUUGAGAAGGUUGAGAGAUUAGUCAAAGAUGCUACCUCCAAGGGGGCUAACAUCGUUCUUGGUGGGAAGAGGCACAGUCUUGGCAUGACAUUCUACGAACCUACUGUUAUUGGAAAUGCAAAUAAUGAAAUGCUCGUGUGUAGGGAGGAGAUAUUUGGUCCGGUUGCUUCUCUUUUGCGUUUUAAAACUGAAGAAGAGGCUAUUAGCAUAGCUAAUGACACAAAUGCAGGGUUGGCUGCUUACUUAUUUACUCAAAGCAUACCCCGUUCAUGGCGUGUAUCUGAAGCACUUGAAUAUGGACUUGUUGGAAUUAAUGAAGGAUUAAUAUCAACUGAGGUUGCACCUUUUGGUGGGGUCAAGCAGUCCGGCCUUGGACGAGAAGGCUCCAAAUAUGGCAUUGAUGAGUAUUUAGAGAUCAAAUAUGUGUGCUUUGGGAACAUUUAGGAGCUUCGGAGACCCUGAUGGUGGUAAUAAAAUUUUGCAGCUCCUGGACAUUAAACAGCUGGUUCUUACUUCCAGUUGUUAGGAGCAAAAAAUGAAGACAGUCAGAGGAUUAUAUUUGUCUCAUGGAGCUGUGCAGAAGGUUUAUUUUCCCCCCUCUUUUUCUCCAUUCUGUCAUCAAUUUUCUCUUAAUUGCAUUUCUGUGCUUUCCUGAGGCAGGGACUAAUUGUAUGAAUAAAUUAUAAACAAAUGGAAAAUUUCUGGACUGCUGUUUUGCUUUA